AUGGGGAAGCCUAUAUAUUGGACUUUUGUGGCAUGCUGGCGGUUCUACUUACCGUCGCCGGAGGAGGCCGAUACGGUAACACAGGAGGAGCAGAUCCAGACUUACCCCCUACAGGGGCAGAUAACUCUGGCACAAACCCGGGUUUCAGGUUCUGCUACGCCCAACUGUGAGCUUAGAUCCCGAAAUGGGGCGAGCUCCGAAUUCAGAUCCCGCAAUGGGACGAAUCCGAUCCAAAUUGAUACUAAGGCGUUGAUUAAGAAUAUCCGCCGAAGACCGUCGCCGGAGCUGUGUGCUUCAACAUUCCUCCGACCGGAUUUCUCCCCGAAACGUGCGCGAGUAGGAAUGGUGGCUGGCUCGCGUAGGAUUAGCGGAAUUGCGCUAUUCUCGGAAACGUUUAACUGCCACGGGGAUUUUCUGUUCCGCCGUAUAUUUACGGGAUUUGGAACUCCAACUAAACGAUUAUCUAAGCUGGAUUGUCAAAGUUCCCCUCUCCCACUUGAACUCUCAUACCAGGAGAAGUUCCAGACGUACCUUGCUUAUAUAAAGCAGCCACCCAGCCUCAUGUCUCUCCACCAAAAUUACAGAGACGAGGAGUGGGUGCCUAGUAGCUGCGGAUACAAUAACAAGCAAGAGGAAUACUCUGGUAAGUGGGAACUUUGUAAUUCGGCAAUUUUUUUAUCUGUUUGGGUAGGGGAUUUUCCUACCAGAACAUUUUCUUUCAAUCUUUCGAGCUACCCUUGGGGGCCAGUUAGCGAAGCUUCGGCCAUUGUUACGUCCUGUGAACUGAAACUAUCUUCUUUGCUGCAGUCGGCUACCAUGGCUCGCAUUGCCAGUGACCAGGUCGUAGAAUUUUCACUAACGGAGGUACAGUCCGACCGGGUUCGUCAAUCGAGGAUGCUGCUAGGCCGCCUCUUCACUGAGGAUAGGCUGACUCCAAUUGCACUACGUGCAGCGAUUAAUAACCCAUGGCAAGGCCAGGGAAGAAUCAUAGUUAGGGAGGCGGCGCAGGGACUGUACGAGUUCAUCCUCCCUACUGAAGCGGCGAAAAAUUGGGUGCUCCAGCGCACGCCAUGGGUCAUCAAUGACAAAAUUCUGCACCUGAGGGCCUGGACGCCGAACAUCACUACUCGAACGUUUGAUGAGAUGGCAACUGCACCAUUCAGAGUCCAAAUGUGGGAUGUGCGAGAAGAAUGCUGUACUCAGCAAUUUGGACGAAAGAUAGCGAGCUCCACCCUUGGCCGGGUGCUCGAAGCAGGAAUUUUCUCCUGCACGGAUACUACUAAUACUUUCAUCAAAGUCAAGACCCUCAUAGACUUUUCCAAACCGUUACGAUCUCAGAUCUGGGCAACCAAUGAAGAAACGGGAUCUUUUUGGAUUCGAUUCAAGUAUGAGCACCUACCCAGUUUUUGCUAUAACUGCGGGCGUGUGGGACACUUUCGUCAAAACUGUAUGUUUGAUCCGCCAGCACGAAAAGAGCGGUUUGGUCCUCACAUGACGACCAAAAAAAUGGGAAGGAAAAUCUUCGAGGAAGACGACCAAAUGCCGCGGUUUUCUGGUCACCCAAACUCAGUCUGGAUCAAUUCUAAUGUCCGUCAAAAGACUGGUCAGGAUGAUCGUGAGAUACGGCGCACUAUGCCGAGGCAAGACCCUAUUCCCAGGAAACCUCGUGCGGUAGAUGACAGUCCAUUGUGGAUGGGAUCAUCUGAUUCCCCGUUCAUCACCACUGAGGAGGCCGAACAACGAGCCAAAAUGGGGAGAAGCCCCCUCAAAUUCCCAAUUCCGAAGGCAGCCCCCAAAGUCAACCUGGGAAGGCAGGUCCGCCGUGGUAAAGGGAAGGUGACAGCAGGUGGCAGCCCGAUGGAGAUUGAUGAAAAUCGAGCCCUGAACCUGGUGCCGCGCCGACGGAGAAGGAAUGGUCGGUCGACAAGAAAUGACCAAGGGACGGCUCCCACUGCUGCUUUGGAGCGCAAAGUGAAAAGCACGACUCGUCGUACGCUCCCGCCCGACGCUGAUGGACCACCCCUGAAGGAAACCGAUGACGUUUCCCGUCGCCGCCGCCUCAUUCUCGAAAACGAGUCAGAGGAGGAGUUCGUGGUCCGUCCCGUCUCGUCUACCAGGCCGGAAGAUGAUCGGCCACCGAUACGGCAACCAGUUCCGUGUGGAUUCCCGGCGCCGCAGCUUUCCCAAUCCCUGACUGUUCCUCCAUCCAAAGCGACGGGAAAGAAGAAGGGCGAGAGUGUUCGGCCGGGCUCUAGUAAAACUAAUGGGCCGGCCCAAGACUUGCAGCGGCCCUCAGCCUGUCUAACGGACCCAAAGGCCAGAGGGAAAAUGGGGAAAUCAACUGGGGGGCUGACCGGGUCCAGAAAACCCAAGAAAUUAACCCUGGCGGAGCCCGAUGAGUAUGCACAGGCCUGUGAAACUGGACAGGCGGAUGGAGCUGCUCUGGAGUUGCCACCGUCGCCCAAGUCCCCUCCCUACUCUCGUCCGAUGGCUCGGCCGGCGGGUCAACGUAAACUCCGCUCGCUAGCGGCCAAGGAAGUGGAAAGCCGACCAGCUGUUGGUCAGGGUAGAAAUCCAGGGAAGAAGGCCCCGAAUGGUGGCUCCCAGCCUUCGGGGACCAAGGGGACUAAGGAUGCUGCGGUUGCACAAGAAGCGCCUCCCUCGGUGGCAGCUCCACCGAUCCCCUCGGCGAUAGACGACACUAUCAUUGGGCUGGUGGACUCGGAAUCAGAGGAGGAUCUCCACCCCUUUGAGCUCCGCCGUCGCCAAUCUUCCACUGUCAAAGAACUGCAGCGACUGGCCCAAUCUUCAAGGGUUAAUAAUGUCGUGCAGGCGUUUGAGACUGGCCUAGCCAUGGCCGAUCCAGAGCCUAUUGGUAAUGAGAUAUCUAAUGUCGAAAGUAAGGGCUUGGGUAUGGAGAAGAUUGGGGAGGGUGCCAUUAAUUUUGAUGAAUAUGGUUCGAAUUUGGUGGACCCAAAGGAGGGGGGUCGAAAAAGGCAGAUUGAAGCGCUGGAAGGGGAGAUUGCGGCAUCGCCUACUCCCAAAAGACAGUUCAUUGAGGAGGAUGCUGAUUUGAAGUCGGUGGAGGAAGCCAGCCGGAAAUGGCCCCAGCCGGAUAAAUGA